AUGCAGUAUAAUACGCAUGCUGUAGAAAAACUUAUAUUAGAUGCUGAUGAUAGGUGUUUUGCAAUUCGUAGUCUAUUUGGAUUCGAUCGAAAGCCAGUUUCGCAAGAAGAACUCGAUUAUCCUCUGGCAUAUGGCUUAAUCGUCUACAAAAACGUCGUCCAG